GCCGGCACGUAGGUUCAGUGAGCUGCUUAGAUUGAGCUGGCGGAUUUAGUCUUCAACUUUAUGACCCCAACAGCGGAAAUGUUUUUGUUUUCGCUGAGACGGCCGGUUAGCGCUUCCUGAAUAGCGUUAGCAUCAAGUCUAGACUCAUGUGCAACGUAUGUUAUAACAUUUCUCCACGUCCUCAAGCGCCUUUAAUUUCGCCAACGUGGGGCCAUGUUACAGAACAAAAGAUCUUUCAACACUCACAGCUCAUCGGCGAAUAAAAAACCGAGCGGCACGGCAGGCGCUGCAGGGGAGGAUGAAGAUGCAACGUUCACCCAGCCGACCUCGUCGCAGGUCGAGAGAAGCCUCAAGAAGCUAUUGCCUGGCCAGAUUGACCAGAAGACGGCAGACGUGGUGGAGUACAUCCUGGUGAAGGAUCAGAAAAAGAUUCCCAUUCGCCGAGGAGACCUGGUGAAACACGUGAUCAAAGAAUACCGAAAUGUCUACCCUGAGAUCAUGAAGAGAGUGGCGCACACCUUUGAAGAGGUUUUUGGCCUUAAGUUGGUUAAUAUAGAUACGAAGAAUCAGUUGUACAUCCUUAUCAAUAAAUUUGAGGCCAUUGCUGGAGGUCUGUCCUUCAGCUCACCUGACCCGAAGAUGGGACUCCUCUUUGUCAUCCUGAGUGUCAUCUUCAUGAAACGGGGCGUGGCCAAAGAAGGCCUAAUAUGGAGCAUGCUUGGGAGACUCUCCAUUGACCCAGCAAAGAGACAUGAGAAAUUUGGCGACGUCAAGAAGAUGGUCACAGAUGAGUUUGUGCGUCAAAGGUACAUUGAGUAUGUUCCAAUCCCCCACACUGACCCACCUGAACACAACUUUCUCUGGGGUCUGCGUGCUAACGUGGAGGUCUCCAAGGCUAAACUCCUUCAGUUUGUGGCCGAACUUCAUAAUCAGGAUCCUCAAAGUUGGACAAGUCAAUACCGAGAAGCCCACAACACUCAAGACAGUCAGGCAAGCUCAAGCAAGCAAAGAUGAAAUGUUCCAUUUUUUUCCCUGUGAUCUUUUUUUGUUGUCACAGUAUUGCCCUUCCUUAGCUUAUUUAUUUUGAAUUUGAACUGCUUGGAAUGUUUUCAUUUUGCAAUCUCUAUGAUAACUUUUUUUUGUAAAAUAAAAGGUUUUCACCUUGGUA